AUGGUGCGCGAAUGCAGCGUGCCGUUCGGGUCACUGCUCGGCUCUCCGGCAGCUGUUCGGGACGAUGCGGCCUCUUUCCGGGACCGGGGCGCCGCCGAGAACGGACAACAACAAAGAAACGAGCUCGAAGCUGUCAAGCUCCACGCGUCCGCGCGGCUCGCGCCGGGGCGGCCGGGGCGGCGGUGGAGCCAGGUGCUCUCCGAGGCGGCGGCCGCCGCCUCGAGGGGCGACGAGGUGUUGCUGCUCUCCACCGGCGAGCCUGGGCGCCGAGGGGUGAAGGUUUUCAUCAUCACCCUGCCGCACCGCGCGGACCGGCGGGUGGAGCCUCUGGUCGGGAGCAGCGCGGCCGUGGCGGCUAUGCGCGACGAGGGCUUCGACGUCGAGAUCUUGAGGGCGUCCUGCUACUGCGAGCGCGACCGCCUGAACGAGCGCGGCUCGGUCAGCUGCCACGCCGGGGGCCUGCAGCCCAUCCGCAUGAGGCGCUACGAGGGCGCGAGCGUCCCCUUGGGAGGAGUCGGCGCAGAUGCGGCAGUUCAUCGACGACAAUUAUCCGGGGCCGACCGGCUCAUCAUGGAGGGCGCGGGGCGGGAGGGCACCGUGGAGGGGUACAUCGUGGAUUCCAACUGGCCCGGCGCGACGGGCCACAUCCGAGCGAUGGUCGAGGCCGCGCUGGCCGGCUUCGAGUUCGCGCUCGUCUUCGAGGACGACGCCGUGGUGCCCGCCGACGUGGCCAGGGAGGCCGGAGAGACGGACGGCCUGCUCCGGCCGAAGCCUGGCGGCUGCAUGCGCUUCUUCAUGGGCGGCGGCAGCGACAGCGACAGCGAGGAGGACCUCGGGGGAGUCACCGAGCUGGGCUAUACCUGGCACGCGCAGGCACUCAUGUACUCCCGCGCGGCGCUGGACGACGUGCUGCGCCUGCGGCUCUGGGAGCAGAUCUGGGCGCACGACGAGACCAUCCCGCACCUCUACGGGCGGAGGCCCUGGAACCACAGGUACGUGGACGCUCUGCGCAAGGCUGGCUGGGAGCGGCGCUGGAUCGCUGGGGCGCCCACAGAUUUCCUCGAGGACGAGGGCUGGGUGCUGCAGCUGGAGUCCUUCACCCUGGACGACGACGGCAACCCGCUCCCGACGGGCGACCUCGGCCUGGGCUCGGCCUGGAAGUCGUCGAAUUCGGCAGAAUUCUGA